GGACGGGGGGUCGCCUUGGCGACCUUGACGCCGCCAUUGUCCCCAGCGGAGCGUGUCCUGGGGUCUCCCCGCCCCGGCAUCUUCCGGCCCCGGCAUCUUCCGGCCCCGGAACCUCCUGUCCCCAGAACCCCGGCACGUUGCCCGACCCGCCCCCGAGCCACCCGUCCCUCAUGGUUACGCGGGGCCCGGGCGCCGCCGGCGCCGCAAGAUGGCGGCGGGCAGGCCCUGAGGGGGAGGCUCGGAGCCGCCCUGCUGCCGCCCCGCUGCCGGAGCUCAGCGCUCUGUGCUCCCUGCCCAGCGCUCUGUGCUCCCUGCCCUGCCGUCGUGGCAAGGUUCGAAAUGCCUUGUGCGGUACAGCUCCAGCCGCUGAGAGAGCCCCCGACACAGAAAGACAUUUUGCUGAGUUUCUGAGACUCUCAGUGACAAACCAUUAUGAAAACCCAGUGAAAGAGACGGAGAUGGAGUUAGCCAGGGCUUCUCAGGAGGAUUGUCUUCUUCAUCCCACCCUGACAAGGCUGUACCUGCGGAAAGGCCGAGGUGAGACCAGGAUCUGUAAAACCUAUGACUCUCCGUGUCUUCCCGAGGCUGAAGCCAUGUUUGCUAUCAAUGCUGACGGAGUGGGAGAUGCUAAAGACUGAAAGCUCCUUUUCUUCCCCUGAAGCCCAAGACUCUGUGCCCAUAAGAAGCUCCUUUCUUGGUGGCACCUUAGGGAUACUUCCCAAGGCAGCGGGCAGAGGAAGCUGUGGUGUGUCAGCGUGGGAACCGUCGGGACACACCGAGCACAGCCAGAGCUGUUGGGAAGAGAUUCCCUCUGGGCUGCAGGCACAGAUUAGGUCAGUGGCUUCCUCAGCAACAUUCCCAGAGGACCAUACCCUGCGUGUUUUCCUGGAUCCCACCGUGGACACGGUGCAGCAGAACCUCGGUGGCCGCAGUUGGGAACUUGGUGAAUUGGAAGCAAAGCUGAAGGAUUUGUCUCCUAAGAGGAGUGGUGAUUUAUAAACCAAAGCAGAGUGCUAUUCCACACGAGGGAUCUGGGAUUGCUGAUGGUCCCAAUCCAUAAUCUUUCUGUUCAUUUUCUUUUGGAUGCUGCAGCCUGCUGGCUUAGGGGAGCUGUUCCUUUACAUUUCAGUUUAAUUUUCUGUAGUUCGUUAAUACUCUCUGGAAAUCUGCUUUAAAUAAAAAGGCCCCUGAGGACAUUGAUGAUGGCCCAGGUUCCUGGGAUUCACAGGUGGGUUUUCAGAACAGGGGCUGUUCUGGCUGGCAGAAGCUGCACCAAUCUCCUGGGAAUCUCAGUCUGGGUUUGUCUUUUCUCCCAGUUCUCCUCAGUUUGGGGGUGCAGUGCAGCCCUGCCCUGUGGAUCUCCUCGAAGAGUUUUGGGGGUUAAAAAGGUUCUUUUAUAUUCUGCAAUAUUUCUCUAGAACUCAAUUAAAAAGAAUAAUAACAUGUUGAUGUGAUCUUAA